UAAGACGCUAUAGUUGUCAAUCGUUGUAAUAUUAUUGUUUGAACACUGACGUGAGUCCUGACUAUAUAGAAUUGUUUUAAAAUACGCAGUAUAUUUUUAAUUUUUAUAUUAAAGACUUAACUAGUAUGGAAAAUGAACUAAUUCUUCCGUGGAAUAUUUAUAAUAUUCAUUUUAAAGUUAUUAAAAUAAUAAAUAGUUGCGAGUUGUACACUACGUACGAAGUAUCUUGCAAACAUUGUAUUUGUUCGAAGACGCGUACUGCUGAUUCACGUGCCCCAUCAAAUCUUCGCAAGCAUUUGAAAGAUAAACAUAGUAAUGUCAAGUCUGUUAGAGAAUUACUAGCUCCUUCUACUACUGUUUCAAUAGAUGUUAAAAGAAAAGUCAACACUGAAAUUCAUGAUAAUUCUGAUGUAAAAAAAAUCAAAAAUUUAAAUACUGUUCAGAUGUCAAUACUUAAUUGUCCAAAUCGUAAAAGUUUGACUUCUCAAGGUACAGUUGAUUUAGUAUAAUAAAUAAUAAUAUAAUAUAUUAAUAUAGUAAUAGUAUGUACGUGUAUUUCUAUAUUAGUAAGACUUAGAUAUUACU